AUGCGUGCCUCGGACCAGGAUGCCAGAUCGGUACGGCCUCGUGUGGGAGGAUUCGCUCGGGGGGUUGGAGCCACGAUGAUCGAAAAAAUCUCACGGCAACAUCUACAAUUGGACGAAGCUGCAAUUUGUACUGUUGGGCUUUACGCACAAGGCGGAUUCAACAAGCUCUUCACUAUCGAUUCGAAUACUGGAAGAUGGUUGAUGCGCGUGGCCCUUCCCGUAGAUCCAUAUCGGAAGACUGCAAGCGAGGUGUCCACCAUGUGCUUUGUACGCAGGAACACAAGUAUUCCCGUACCUACUGUCCUUGGUCAUGAUGCGUCAAACGACAAUGAUCUUAGAUUUGAGUGGAUCUUGAUGGAGUAUAUGCCUGGCAGUGUCCUGGAGCGAGCCUGGAGGACAAUAUCACUAUCUCGGAAGGAGAAUCUAGUGAAGAAGCUUGCACAGUCUCAGGCUGAGCUGUUUCAUGAUGCAAAUCGGUUCCGAACCAUCGGCAACAUAGUCCAAGCCGGUCCAGGAUCGUAUGAGGUCGGAAGUAUCGUAUCAAUGACCUUCUUUUGGGGCGACCGUGGAGCACGAGAUACCAAUCGAGGGCCAUUUCGAAACAGUUACCAAUGGCUUACGGCUCGUCUGAACCUCGCACUCGAGGAUCAAGACAAGAUUCUGGCAAAUACUGAUGCCGAAGAAGAGAUUGAUGAUGCGCAGGCAGCCAAGAAACUAGCCGAGCGCCUGAUCGCUUUUCUCCCUAAUAUCUUUCGUUCUGAUGAAGUCGAGUCGACGAUGCUGUUUCACGAUGAUCUCCACGAGAAAAAUAUUCUCGUCGACCAAUCUGGUAACAUCACGGCCGUAUUGGACUGGGAGUGUGUUUCUUUUUUCCCUCUGUGGAUGGCCUGCCAGCCCCCUGCCCUAUUGAACGGCGCCGUCCGUCUCGAAGAGCCUCUACGAAAGGACUACGGUCCCUACGACCCAGAAGUCGACGAAGAUGACGCAGAGUACAAUGAAGGACUAAGCUCCUCCUAUUGGACGGAUCUGAUGACGUAUGAACGUUGGCAGCUACGUGGUCUCUUUUUGUCUGAAAUGGAGCUUUUGGAACCCGCAUGGCUCGUCGAGUAUCGACGAGGGGAACGGAAACGAGAUUUCGAGCUUGCGACACUUCACUGCGGUUCUGAGCUAACGAUGAAAAAGGUGGAGGCGUGGCUAGAUGCACACGAGAAAGGAGAAAGGUACAGUCUCCGUAGUAGCCUAUAUGCCCAAAAGGUCUACAAUCUCGAGACUUUCCAAGGGCGUGCUCGGUUUUAA